CGUCUCCUCUCCGUGACCUCGCAAAGGUGGAGUGUGCCGGCUCUGCGUCUUCCACACCUGCGCUGCUGCCUUGCGUCGCUUCCCUCUCACCACACCGAGCUUCGCUCGCGGCAUCCUACACCUCGCCGCGCGGCGUCACUCGCACCCCACCCGCCGCCGCUCCUCCUGCUAGCCAUGGGCGGCCAGCGAGCUGCCGAUGCCAUCGCGGCACGCCAGAGCGACCUGGCCCGCUCGCACGCCACGCAUGCGCCAGACAUCGAGGCGCUGCAGCAGGCGGCGCGCGAGCAGCUGCCGCCGGCGCUCGAGGCCGAGCUGGGCGAGGAGCUGGGCGAGCGCGAGCAGGCCGAGUGCGACGGCUUCAUCGACGACCGCGCCACCGUGUUCCGCUUCUUCCGCCGCUCGCGCUACUCGGAGAGUGCCGCGCUGAAGCUCAUGACCGAGUCGCUGCUCUGGCGGCUGCGCACCGACCUCGCCUCGCUCUCGCUCUCGUCGCUGCACCCGAUCUACGUCGACCCGCCGGCCGCGCGGCCGCCACUCUUCUGGGCGCACCCGCGCUUCGUCGACCGCUACGGGCGCCCCUGCGGCGUCAUCUCGCUGCGCUCCCUCGAGCGCGCCAACAGCAACUCGCUCGACGAGUGCCGCGAGUACAUCGUCGCCUGCAUGGAGUCGGUGCGCCGCCAUCUCGCGCACGUGUAUGCGCGCGAGUCGGCCGCCCGCGAUGGCAAGGAGGGUGCAGAGGGCGCGCCGCCGCCAUUCCAGAUGGUCAUUGCCAUCUCGCUGCUCUCGUCGGGCAUGGCGAAUCUCGAGAUGGAGCUGCUGCCGUUCCUGCUCGACCUGCUCAAGAACCACUUUCCCGGCAUGGUCGGCGCCGUGUACGUGCUGCACUACGGCUGGGUGCAUGCCGGCAUGUGGGGCCUCGCAAAGCGCGUGCUGCCCGAGCAGGCUCUCUCGCGCAUCUUCUUUCCCUCGAACAAGGAGCUCGCCGAGGAGCACUUCGACCCCUCCGCGCUGCCUGCCGAGUUUGGCGGUGACUGGGAGGUUGAGCUCACCGAGGGCACCAACGAGAUGAUGCGCAAGUACGCCAAGCCGGCGCGCUCUGCUAGCGGGCCACCUGGCAGCCCGCCGCUGCAUGCGACGCGCGAACGGCCGGCCCUGAGCCGGACGGGCAGCUUCGAGAGCGCGCUGGACGAGUAUCACAGCGUGGCGCCCUCGCCCUGGGCAUCUCGCGCAGUGACUCCGCGCCCGUCUGGACCUCCCACGCCAUCGUCCGAGCCCAUUGGCUUCUCCAUGUCUCCCGCCGCCGGACACCUGCAGAUGACGCCAAAGGCAGCGCGCAAGCUGCAGCACCUGCACAUGACGCAGAGCGCGCGCGAUGCCACGCCGACGGCCUCGGGCUCGCGCUCGCGCACCAUCUCCGAGAGCGCCGGAGUGUCGCCGAGCAUGACGCCAGGUGCAUCCGCUGCGACGUCGCCGACGAUCCGGCAGAAGCGGCUGCGCUCGUCGAGCGGCGCGAGUGCGCCCUGGGCCCCACCUGGCGCACCGACCCAGCGCCGCCGCGCGCGCAACGUGCACUUUGGCACGUCGCCGCACGAGUCGCCUGCCGCCUCGCGCUCGCACUCUCCUGUGCGCAGAGUCGGCUCACUGCGCGACUUUCGACUCUCGCUGCCCGGCUCGACGCCAGGCGAGGGCGUGGAUCCUCUUCGCGCCGAGAGUCCCGACUCGGACCACAGCGACAGCAAGGUCACCGAGACGACGAAGCCGCGCGACACGCGCGCCAAGCUCGGCUUCUUUGCGCGCUGGCGCAGCGGCAGCCAUGGGCAGCAGGCGGCUGAGGAGGACAAGGCGCGGACAUAUCGCGAGCAGCUGCGCUCGCAGCAGGCGCAACAGGCCGAGGGCAGCCUCGGUGAGGCCUCCGUUGCCGUCAUACAGGGCACCUCUGAGGCAUCGCCUCGCUCGGCCAUUGACGAGGAGAUCGAGCGUGGCCCGAGCUCGCCGAAGCUGCAGGUUCCGUUCAUCGAGGAGCCGCCGCUCAGCGCCGGCAUUGGCGCUGGGCGCUUCCUCUCGCGGCGCACGCGCAAGUACGAGCGCCUGCCGGGCGUCGUAUCGCCGUACAACGCCAGCAAUCCCUUCUGGGGCUACCCUGCGUACGCGAUGAACAACAGCGCCGCCGCAGCUGGUCCCAGCGGCAGGCCGGACGUCAAUGCGCUUGGCAUCGAGGUGAGCCAGGGCGCUGCCGGUGAGGUGCCGCAGCGCUUCGACCUCACAACCGGCCAUGCUCGCCACCUGCACGCGCGCCGACGCAAGCGCGACCUGAUGCGCACGCUGGCGUACCUCUUCGUGCUGCGUCUUCUUUCGGCGCACCGCUCUGUGCGCGCCCGCUUCAUUCGUCUCUAUCACGCCGUCGUGGGCCUGCUGGCGCUCGGCAGCCGCGGCGAGGCCGAGGAAGGCUCGCGGCGUUGGCAGGAGGCUGAGCGACGCUACGAGCGAUUGCGCAACGCCGGCUUGCGCGGCGAGACGGAGACGAUGGUGCGCAUGCAGCAGCAGCGUGCUCUCGAGGAGCGCAAGCGCCUGCAGGGCAAGCCCAUCGCUACGCUGCCGCAGAAGCGCUGGCUCCUUCUGGUCGCCGUGCUGCUUGUUGUGCUGCGCCGCAGCACUCGCGAACGCGCGUGGCGUGCCGCUGCAGCCACGACGCACAGCGCACAUGCUCUGCUGCGUCUCUCGGCGAGCAAGACGGCUCAGCUCUCAUCCUCUGCGCCCCUGGCCUCUGCCCAGGCAGCCAUCCGCAGCCCGCGCUCCGUCGCAGCCGCAGCCGCUGCAGCGCCGACGUUCACCGGCUUGCAUUUGCGCCAGCGUCUGGGCCUCGUUUCUUCCUCUUAGCCUCCCAUCCUUCUCAUGCAACUUGUGCCCUAUCAUCCAUCAUACUUGUACACCUCCUCAUGCAUCCGUCCAAUGCGCAAGCAACU